AUGUAGAAUUCAGUUUUAUAGAUAAUGAAGAACCUCUCUGAUGCAGAUUCGCCAUAUUUAUUGUCAAAAGUUUAAAAAGCUGAAGAAAAAGGAUACAUUAAAAAGCCUACAUUACUUUUAAUUCAGCAUUUCCAUAAAAAUUAUAAGGCUUAAAUCGAUCAUGAGGAGGACGAAGAUUAUCUUAAAUUUAAAAAUAAAAAUAAUUCGAAAUGUUUCCAAAAGUUUAUUUAGAAGUUUGAUAUAAAAGAAACAGCUAAGAGCAUAGAUUAAUAUUAUUCAAGGUAUUAAAGUUUAUUAUAGAAUAACUAAAGUUAUAAGAGCGAAUUUGAGUAAUACUUAAAUGAAACUAUUAGAAAGAAGUAAAAAAGGAUUGAUGAAGAAGUUAUUGGCAAAAACGGAAAUAAGCAAAACUCAAAUCAUCAAAAAGAAACAAAUAUUAAUAAUGGUGUAGAGUAAAAAUAGUAGGCUCUAUAAACAUAUAUAUAGUAGUAAGAUAUAGCUUCUUAAAGGGAUAAGGAAAUCAUUUAAAAAGCAAUACAAAAUUUGAAUUAAAGUUAAUCAAUUUAGAGUGCUCAGUAAACACAAUCUUAAAAUGACAGAAAAGAUUCAUAAAAUUUAAAAGGAUAAGAUUACUUUUAAAAUAACUAAAUUUAAGUUAUGGAACCUCUUUCAAUUUAUACAUAAGAAAACUCUCAAUCUGUGCAGCAAAUUGAUACUAAAAAUAUAAAUUAAGAUUAUUCAUAAAUUUAAGGGGGGAAAUAAAUGAUAAAAGGGAAUAAUUUACCUUUUAAAAUAAAAAAGCAAAGGGAUGUAUAAAAAAAAUCAAGAGAGAAUCAGAUAAUUGGUAAUAAUUAGCAAAAUGAGGCAGAUUAAAUCCAUAAAGAUUUAGAAUCAAAUAGUUAAUAAAACAAUAAAAUAAUUGAUAAAAAUCCUUUAAAAGGUGCUGAUAAAUAAACUAUUAAGCAUAAUAUGCAAAAUAAUUAAAAUUAAGUAACAACAUAAAAUUAAAACGAAUAUAGCUAGGAGUAUUAUUAACAUUCUUACUAUGAUAAUCAAUAUUACUAGCAAUAUCCUCAAUAAUAAAUAUGGCAAUAAGAUUAAAAUUAAUUGUUAUUUGAUCCUCAAAGCUUACCUCAAGAUUUGUACUAAGAAUUCAUAUUUUGUGAAAAUUUGCAAAAAAAAUUAAUUGAUGAUAUUAUGAAUAAAAAUUAUAAUUCUGAUGGAUUAAAUAUGGAUGAAAAAAUUUAACAAUACCUUUCAAGAAAAAAUAUGUUGGAAGAAAGAUUGAAGCCAUUUUAAUAAAGAUAGAAUUAUUCUGAGUAUGAAGCUUAAAAAAUUGUAAAUUAUGAUCAAGAAAAUGCUUUAAAUAAAAAUAAAGAAGAUUCUCAAAUCCAAAACAUCAGGAAUGAUAGUAAAGAGUUAAAAGAAUAAAAAAUUAUUUCUAAUAGCAAGCAUUCAAAUAAUAACAAAGAAUCUCCAACAGGUAUUUAUGAAAAAAGGUAAGCCAUAAUAACUGCUGGAUAACAACCUUAACAAAAUUAAAAAGGUAAUUUAUCGAAAAAGUAAAAGUUAUAUGAGGGAAAUAGCUUAGAAGAUAACUAUUAACAGCAAUAAUUGCAAAAAAUGAAUUACUCCCAAAAUGAAUAAACUUAUUCUGAUUCUUCGAAUAAAGAAUCCAAAAUAUUCUCUGGAUAAAAAAAUGAAGCAAUAACAAAAGAAAAGGCAAGUUAAAAAUAAAAUGGAAAAAAUGAUUUUAGCCAAUAAAAUAAAAUAUCUAAUAAAAAUUUCAAUCAGCUUUAAAAUACCUUGUAACUUUAAAUUAACAGUUUAGGAUACUAAAAUCAACCUCAUAAAAUGCCAUAUAAUAAAUACAAUCCAUUUAUUUAUGAAUCGUAAUAAUAUACGCAUCACCCAAAUUAUCCUCAUCAUCAGCCUCCUCCACCAUACACUUCUUAUGAAAAAUCACAUUACUACUAGCAUGCAUAUUAACCUCCUACUAAUCACAUUCCUUAGCAGCCUCAUAAUAGCUAAUCUUAGAUAAAACCAUAAUAGCAAUAACCUCCCCCAUACAUAAUUCCACAUUAAUAAUAAAUACCUCCUUAUAAGUUAAAUUAUAGCAGUAAUAUGUACCCUCCUUAAGUUAUGCAAUAGUAUCCAUAGUAUUAAUAUAAUGGUUUGUAAAAUGAAAAUAUAUAAUUAUAGAAUUACAAUAAGUAAUAGCAAAUAUAGAAGUAAUAAUUGCAUUAGCAACCUAAUAUUGAUAAUGAAUAUUAGUCGAAUAAAUUGUAAAACAGUUAAGGACUACUGAGCUCUAAAGAAACUAUGUAGUUAAAAAACCUAUCUGAUAUAAAAAAAUAAAUAAAUAAUUCAUAAAGAGAAGAAAUUAGAAUUACAGAAUCAAGUGAAAGUGAUGUUUAAUUGAUCGAAGAUCAUUAAAAAAUAAUUUAAGAAAUAAAAAAUUGA